ACCUCGAGCCUGACAGGCUUCUGAAGCCAGCAGGAUGAAUGUAUGGGUGGCACACAGCGAAGUAAAGCCCAACACUCAAGUGAUGAAUAGCCAGCGCAUCUGGCUGGCCUACAUCAUCUUGGCAGGACUGUUGCAUGUGGUUCUACUCAGCUUCUUCUUCUUCAGCAUCCCUGUUGUCUGGACCCUGACCAACGUCAUCCAUAACCUGGCUAUGUAUGUCUUCUUACAUACAAUGAAAGAGACACCCUUUGAGACCCCUGACCAAGGAAAGGCUCAGCUACUGACACACUGGGAACAGAUGGACUACGGGAUCCAAUUUAUCUCUUCCCGCAAAUUCCUCAGCAUCUCUCCUAUUGUACUCUACCUCCUGGCCAGCUUCUAUGCCAAGUAUGAUGUUGUUCACUUCCUCAUCAACACAGCCUCACUGCUUGGAGUAUUGUUGCCUAAGUUAUCCCAAUCCCAUGGGGUUUGUCUCUUUGGCAUCAAAAAUACUGAAGGAUGGGGCUGGGGAUGA